AUGGUUGGAAUUGGAGCGGGGUAUGAUUUAUCUGUAUCAACGUUUUCCCCGGAUGGCCGGGUAUUUCAGGUGGAAUACGCCACUAAAGCUGUAGAUUCAGCGCCGACAGCUGUUGCCGCUGUCUUCUCUGAUGGGAUCGUUUUCGCCGCAGAUUCUCUGGCUUGUGGCGCUCAAGACGAUUCACCCUACGCUAACGUGUUACAGGCGAAACCGGCUUGGCGUGUUUUCGCAGUAGACGAACGUAUGGGAGCGGCUGUGGCAGGUUUAUUACCAGACGCCAAAUGCGUAGUCAGAAGAGCGCAAGAAGAAUGCAAAUCAUUCCUCAAAGAAUAUGGCACAAAAGCACCAGUAAGAGUCAUAGCAGAGCGUGUAGCAUUGUUCGUUCACGCUUACACGCUGUAUUGGCACGUUAGACCAUUUGGAGUCUCAAUUCUCCUCGCAGGAACCAAUGAAAAUAAUUCACGUACCACUUACUCAGUUCUACAGUUAUUUACCAGUUAUGAGUUGUAUUGUAUUGAGGGUAGUGGCGCGUGUUAUAAGUAUGGCGGGAUGGCAAUUGGAAAGGGAAAGCACAUAGCAAAAACGGAGCUGGAAAAAUUAAAUUUAAAGGAAAAAAAGUGUAAAGAAUCGUUGUCGGAUAUUUGUUAUAUAAUUUCUCAGUGUAGAGACGAAGGUUCACUGAAGACGAGUGAUGUUCAAAUGGCCUGGAUCUGCCCUGAUUCCAACAAUACUUUCCAAAUCAUACCACAGGAACUCAUCAACGACGCCAAAUCUCAAGCCACCACACAACAAGCCAAUUCAUAA